GUUGCUGUCCAUCCCGGUCGGUUCCUCGCUUUCUCCCUCGUUGCACUUAGGGUUCUUGGCCUAAAAAUUCUCGCGACGAAGGGUCAACCAGCCCAAUCAGCUCGUCACCACCUGUCCCCUCCUCCUUUGAUGGCAAAACCAGGUUACUGAGACAGUACAGCUCCCUCUAGCAAACCUAGGGCUGCUGCCCGUCCACCUUUCUGAUGACGUCUGCCUCCGCGCACAAACAUGAGAUGGGCAUUGCUGCCGACACCGACGGCCUGGAGGCCCGCGCAUCUGCACAUUUGUACCUGACGCACCAGUGCCGACCCAACUCCACCACUACGCACGCCNCUGCGUACAUAGUGCCCGUCCACCUUUCUGAUGACGUCUGCCUCCGCGCACAAACAUGAGAUGGGCAUUGCUGCCGACACCGACGGCCUGGAGGCCCGCGCAUCUGCACAUUUGUACCUGACGCACCAGUGCCGACCCAACUCCACCACUACGCACGCCUCACGGCGGGUGCGCCGCAGCAAGAAGGGAUCGGUCCAUUGAGGGUGAGUCUAGCCCGCCUCGCUAGAAAGACCCCCCCCCUCGCUAUGGGUCAUGCCUACGCAAAACCUUGCCGAGGCAGCGAGGGGAAGAAAGAAGUGUAUAAAACCUCCACCGCACAUACCGUGUACCGCACAUACAUAACCACAACCAAACCAGCAACCAUGCUCGCUCGUUCAUCGUUCAUGGGCACCGCCUCCAUAGGAUACCGGCCCCUCUCAACAGAGGGUCCGAUUCGCUUGACGCUCGAGUGUAACCGAGCAACUAGUCUAUAAGCAAGCGUUGUAUGAUCAUGACAUCAUGACAUGGAUAUUUUGUAUCUUCGUUGGUUGGUGUGACUAAGAUAAUAACCCCCGUCCCGACUCUCGACUUGUGUUCGCGGAACGCGGGCUAGGUAUGAAGAGGAUAACACAUGAAAUCCAACAACAACUGUGAGUGAGCCAGCAAGGAGCAGCGAACCUGCUCCCUUCCCUUUUAUUUCAUUGUUCCUCCAUAACAUUGUGGCGUCGUCUAGCAUUCGGACUCCGGUCCUUCGCUGGUGCACCGCAGUUCGCGUUGCUUUUCUGUGCUUCUGUCCUCUUCCUUUUGUUUCAGUCAUUUGUUUUUGUACCGGCUUCAGGAGGGGGGUACAUUUGUCCCUCUGACUCAUUUGUCUGUUUGUGGAG